UGAGCAGUUACUGUUCAGCUUUAUUAACAUUUUGAAAAACCGUUUUUAAUGUAUGAGGAUUAAAGUAAAACACACAAAACAGUUCAAAUGCAUGUUAUUUAUUAUAUUGUAUCCCAUCUUACCAGUAGCCACCCUAAGAAACUGGUCAAAUACUUAAAAUGUCAUGUCAAACCUAAAUUUGAUAUUCAUUCAGAGUUACCUCGUGGUUAUAUAUUUGCAUGCGUUAUGUGAUUUUGUGGAAGAUCUUAAAUUAUAUCAAUGAAUACAUAUUCAUUUGCUGCAUUAAUGAUAGUUUGCUUAGUUUCUUGUAAAUAAGUACAAAAUCGAUGUAUUUUGUAAAGAGAUGGAAAGCUAUAGUUUCUAGGGUUAUAAAUAACUGCUCUAAUAUGUAGGGGUGACCUCAAUUAAAGAUCUUAACCUCAUAAUUACACCAUUAUAGUAAUUUCAUAAGCGGGCCGUCACUGAAGCCGUCAAGUUCUAUGGCGAUGAGGUCAGACAUGCUGCUACUGUAGGUUUUUAUUUCUUACGAUCUCCAUCCCGCUGCACUCACUUGCACCCUUGUAGAGAAACACUGUCUGAGGUAAGAUGUUCUUGUGUGCAUCGUCAAUUCAUAUACAGGGAAGGGAACUAUAUUUGCUUCUACUGUCCAGCAAAAUAAUUUGUUCAGUUAGAUCUUCUCUCACAUUUCCUGUUUUGCACCCUUCUAAAAGCUCCCUGUGUUGCAGAUGGUAUUUAAAGAACAGCAGGGAGUGUUUUCCUUGGAGAGUGAGGUUUUCUCCGGUGAGCACAGGGCGUGCGUCAGCCGGCCAACAAUGUACUGUGGAAAAAGACUGUGCAGUAUUCACAGUGGUACAAUAAACACACGCAGUGUCUGGACAGACUUAUGACCUGCAGUUUGACCUGUAUGACAGAAAAAACGACUUUUUUACCUGCCCCUUACUCAAAACAUGAAUAAACAUUAUAAAUAGAUUGUAUUUACCUAACAACCAAUAAUUACAGUAACAUGCCAUACAUAAUUCACCAUCAACUAAGCAUACCUUAGUGUUACAGCACCUGACAGUCUAAUUAUUCUUUCUUUAUACAUUUUCCUGAACUGACAAAUAUUUAUACAACCCUUUAAAUCAUUCUGUAGAGAAUUCUACAGUUUGACACCAUCCAACUGAAAUGCACAUCUGCUUUAAAGUAAUCUGUGCAUACUGACGCUUAAAAUUAAAUAGCCCUUUACCAAUGCUACAUUGUUUAUUAAUCAUGAGGGAAACUACUUUGAAUACAGUUGUAUAAUGUCUUUUGUGUCUCUGAAAGGAGCUUUUCAAACUUGGAAAGAAUACCCCUGAUGACGGCAUAGUAAUGUGAUUUAAGGCCUUGUACAGACAGACUUGAGCCCUGUGCAAAUUAAUUUGAAUGGAGCCUGUCAGUCUGUGCAGCAGGUGUGGCAAGGCAGUAGGGUAGGGUGAGGUGGGGUGGGGUUUACCACCCCCGCAGCACCCUGCACUGUUUUACCACACGUCUGUUUUCAGUAUCAAUCCCUGCAAGACUACACGUUUCCAACAAAGGACUACGUUCCAAACUGGAAGUGUGGGGUUUAAAAGAAGUGGGCAUUUAGGGGGCAUGGAGGUGCUAAUGCAGCUUAGUUGCAUUUUGGGAAAUGUAGGAUGCAAGUAUUUUGGAGCGUGACCCAUGCUAGGGACUAGAAGUAAGGAUAUCUCGGCCUCUGCUGACUGAUCUUAUCUCUUGUGAGACCUCAACUUUAUGUAUUUGUAACAUGAUAUCACACAGGUUUGAUGAUCUGAGUUAAUGUGACUACUAACUGUGCUGGCCUUUACUUCUGCUUGAAGAUUACAGGGUGAAGCGUGCAGUUAUGCCCUUUGAGCAGGCAGACCACACUGAUGGCUUGGCUGUUUCAAGGAUACUUCUCGGGAUGUGACGAGCAGAAUGAUUCGGCUAGACGUGAGGCACAGACAACCUGGGGAAUGCACUGUGUAUGGGACAUGUGAGCAGCCUCUUCGUCCUAUAUAAACCCAAAUAUAAGAAUCAUUCCCACGCAAGGCGGGCCUCCCUGCAGAGUUGCUGUGUUCAUUUGUUCUGCUCUACUUUGUAUGUAGGUCAUAUGUAGUGGACCAGAGAUGCACCAAAAUGGCAGCUGAACAUUGCAUGCGAUGGUAUUGUUGCAGUGUACUCUUGGACUUCAUAUAGUUUUAAUUUACAUUGCUAGUGAUUCAUGGAUUCCUUUUUACACUGUUUGAAGAUCUGGAGGAUUAUAAUUUAUAAUAUAUGUAAGGCUUCAGCCUAAACCUUUUCAGUCAGUAGAAGUUCGCUUUGGUUUGUCACUAUUUCAAAAGUGAUGACCUAUUAUUGUUUAUUUGAUAUGUGUAUUUAAGUUGUUUAAGGUGACCGAAAUAAACUAAACUCAAUAACGUCACUUUUAGUCGUUUUAAUGUAAAGUUAUGUUUCUUCCCUUCAGUCAAGGAAGCCUCCUCAAAGUGUCUCUGAAGAAAGUCUGUACCCAAACCCUUCAAACCCACAGGCAACUGAAGCUGAUGACGCUCACACGCUGGGGAUGUCAUGACACCCAGUGGUCUGUGCAAAGAAAAGCCCUCGAAUCUUAUGACUGCAAACUGGGACCGCUCCACAGUCUUCCUCUACCAUGACACCCAGUGGAUCACAGCGAUCACAUGUGUCUGCCUGUUACUCAAGAAGCGAGGAGGGAAAAACUCACCUGAACUGUGAGCCAUGGCAGCUGAUCUGGACGUGGUGAACUUGUUUGUCAUUGCGGGGGGAACACUGGCUAUUCCCAUCCUGGCUUUUGUUGCUUCCUUCCUCUUCUGGCCUUCUGCACUCAUUAAAGUGUAUUAUUGGUACUGGAGGAGGACUCUGGGCCUGCAGGUCCGCUACGCAGACUGCGGUGGCUAUCGCUUCUGUUAUGCCUACAGAGGAAAGCCUGGGAUGAGACCCUCCAUUUUAAUGCUGCAUGGCUUCUCUGCUCACAAAGACACAUGGCUCACUGUUGUCAAGUAUCUACCAAAACAUCUGCACAUUGUGUGUGUGGACAUGCCUGGUCAUGAGGGAACAACACGCACCACCACAGAGGAUUACGCCAUUCAGGGGCAGGUCAAAAGGAUCCAUCAGUUUGUGGAAACCAUUCGCUUGAACAGGAAACCUUUCCAUGUGGUUGGGACCUCCAUGGGGGGAAAUGUAGCCGGGGUUUACGGAGCCUGCUACCCUUUAGAGAUCUGUAGCAUGACUCUCAUUUGUCCAGACGGUAUAAGACACCCAUGUGAGACCAAAUUUGACAAUCAUCUGCAGGACCUAGAGCACAGCAAUUACACACUAAACAUCCCGCUGAUCCCUACUACACCCGAGGAGAUGGAGGACAUGUUCAAACUUUGCUCUCAUGUCCGCUUUAAAAUCCCUCAGCAGAUUCUUCAAGGAUUAGUAGAUGUUCGGCAGCCUCACAACACAUUUUACGAAGAAGUAUUUAUGGAGAUUGUUGGUGAGACAUCAAGAUAUGCCUUACAGGAGCACUUACAUCUGAUAACUGCACCCUUACAAGUGAUAUGGGGCAAAAAAGACCAGGUGGUGGAUGUUUCUGGAGCUACAGUCAUUGCAGAAGUGUUACCUGGAUGCAGAGUGGACCUGCUGGAGAACUGUGGACACUCUGUGGUGAUGGAGAGGCCUAGCCGCACAGCCAAACUCAUCCUGGAGUUCAUCAUCCUGCAGCAAGAUGCUAGGGGUGGCACCAAGAAAUCUUCCUAAACUAAAGACUUGUAAUAAUUUAUUUCCCCUACAAUGCUUCACAUGUUCCUUGUACGUGACAUGCAUAUGUAAACAGAUGUCCAAGCUUGAACAAAUGUACACUAAGACAGAAAGUAAGGUGUUUAGUCUUCUUUUUAAUUUCUUAAAACAUUUAAAGCAUUUAUUUUGUAAUGUAAACUGCAUCAUUCUAAUAAAAGUCCCAUGCAUUGACCUGUAUGUGACUAUGUUUCGGAUGUGUGAACGUAUUCAUACAGCAGAGUUGCCUGACUGUGGUUGCAGCAGGACCUCCUCCCCUCCUCCCCUCCUUUCCUUCUUCAAUCACCCUCCUUGUAUGCGCAGUUUUGCUGCAGCCUGGAGCCGAGCACAGCUGCCCGGUACGACCAGCGGCAAUCAUCCCUGACUGUACAGUUAAAUUCCAACCGCAAGCUGCUGUUUUCUGGACAAAAACAGACAAAUAAACGAGAAAGCCAUCCGAUGCUGUGCCUACAAUACUGCCGAGACCCCAGCCAGCACAAGCCAGCACAAGCCAGCAUGCCGAUUCAAACACUUCCGCCGAUACAGAGUCCUCCACCAAAGAGACGACGAAAUGCAUUCACCAAAAGGGAGAGAGCAAAGACAUGUCAGAAAUAAAUUGUUGAUGA